AUGGCACCUCAUCGCAAGGAACCCAAUCCAACCGAGGGAGGCUCCGACUCUGACUUGGAAUUGGCAUUGGACUUCAACUUCCAUAAGUCAAGCGCGAGCAUUCCGCAGGCUAUGGAGAAUAUUGAUAAGUGGAAGUCGAAGCGAUCUGAUAUCCGAAAGAGCAUUGACAAAGAUUACAACGAGAAAUUGGCCAUCCUGAAGAGCAAGAUCAAAGCCCAUUAUCAAGAUCAGGCACAGAAAGUAUCCGACUAUCGCAUGCAGCAACUCGAACGAUUGAUGGCUGCACUAGAGAAACGUAUGGCUUGUGAAGAGCAGAUCAGCCAGCGGAUCGAUUCUCUUCGAGAAGAUUGUGCCCAUCUAGCCAUGCUAUUUGAUGCAAUUUACACCGGCCGCAAAGAGGCCGCGUCGCAGUCAGCGAAAGCUACUAGCUCCGAACUGAAUACACUCAAGAAAUAA